UCUGAAAGGUCUUUUGGACGAAAUCCUGUUUCUCCAGACCUGAGGACCAACUUGUGAAAAAUUCUGGGAACGAUUGGGAAGGAUUUUUAAUCUGAAAGUUUUUAAUAAUUUUCUUGUAUAUCUCUUGUGUUUCUCAUAAAAUUUUCAGGGGAAUUUAUCAUGUGGAUUUGCUGCUAGAAAAUUCACAAGUUCACUGUCUCCAGAGAGCCUACUGUGCGAAUUCCAGAAUUGCCAAAGCUUCUUGAUUGAGCAUUUCUAACUCUCUUUCUACUUGUUUGGUGUUAUUUUUUUCUCAUUUUGUUGCUAUUGAGUAUAUUAAAAAAAAGAAAAAAAAUUAUUUCUCUUGCUUUUGUGUGUUUUGAAUUGUUUCGUGUUGAUUUGCAUUUUAGUUUAGCUUGUUCUUUGUUCUUAAUUUUCUUGAGCUUGAUUAGUGCAUGACCCGAAGAAAACAUACCUCUUUUGUUGAAUUAGAUCCAGAAAUUGAAAGGACUAUUUCUAGAUUGAGAAGAUCACAACCUAUUCUUGAUUCUCAUUUGGUUUGUAAUUCAAUAAUGGAAGAUAUCUUAGGACAUGAGCAUGUGCAUAAUGAGGGCCAUGGGAAUGGGAAUGAGAAUUUGCAUGAUGAUGGCCAUGUUAAUAAUGAAUUUGAAGGCUUGCAUAACCCUAGAGAGGAGAGGAGUAUUAGGCAAUUAACUCAACCUAAUUGGCAUGAUAAUCCUUAUGGCUUAUAUGUUCCUCCUACUAAUGUUCAAUUUGAAAUUAAAUCCUCUUUGAUUAAUGCAUUGCCUAAAUUUCAUGGGUUACCAGGAGAGGAUUGCCAUAGAUUUUUGCAUACUCUCCUAUUGGUUUGUGAUACUAUGAAGCCUAUGCAUGUAAAUGUUGAUGAUGUUCAAGCUAAGGCUUUUGUAUUUUCUCUUGAAGGUUUAGCAAAGGAGUGGUAUUUCAACUACCCUUCUUAUGUGAAAGUAAGCACAUGGGCCGAGCUAAGAAGACUCUUCUUAGAUAAAUUCUUUCCAAAUUCCAAGGUCACCAAUUUGAGGAAGUAAAUCUAUGGGGUCCAACAAGGAGAGGAUGAGAGUCUCUAUGAGUAUUGGACUAGAUUCCAAGGCCUUUUGGCUAAAUGCCCACACCAUCAAAUUUCUAGUGAGAAUUUAGUCCAAUAUUUCUAUGAGGGCUUGAUUUCAAGAGACAAAGUUAACAUUGAUGCCGCUAGUGGGGGAUGCUUAAUUGACCUCACUUCCUUAAAGGCUUGGGAACUAAUUGACAAGAUGGCUUCAAGUGGUGCUCAAUACUCUACAAGGGAAAAGAGAAAUGUGAAUAUGGUAGGUUCUUCAAUUCUUAAUGAUUCAUAUGUGGACUUGCUAGCUGCCAAGAUUGGGAGAAUGUUGGCUCUACAAAUAUCUCAAGUGAGCAAUGUAAGUACUUCUCAAGCACUUGUCCCUUAUUCUUGUACUUUUGUGACUCACCUAUGCAUGUAGAAAGCAAUUGUCCUAUUAAGUUUGAAUAAGUAAAUGCUAUCUACAAUGGAAAACAAUCCUAUGGUGGGAGGCAAGGGCAAGGAGCUUAUUCUAAUACUUACAACCCUUCAUGGAGAGACCAUCCUAAUUUCUCCUAUUCAAAUCCAAAUGUGGCUUUACAAGACAAUCAACAAAGAGGAUCCUAUCAAAACACCUUUGGUCGUGACCCUCUACCUCAUUUGUCUCAAGGUAGCUCUUCUCAAAGCUACAAUCCAAGUGGUAAUUCUCUUGCACCUUCAUCUAAUUCUUAUAGUGAUAGGAGACUUGUUCCAAUUGAGAGUUCUUCUAAUUCAAACUCUUCUAAUGAUGUGAAUGUGUUAUGUAAGCAGUUGAUUGAAAUGAACUCUUUGUAUAAAAACAUGUAUGAUGGCUUAGGGAAUAAGGUAGAGAGUAUGGGCAACAAGUAUGAGAACAUGAACUCUAAAAUUGAUACCCUUACUUCUCAAAUGAAUAUGCUUGCUAACCAAUUAAGUGCAGCCAAUGCUCAAGCCUCUACAUUACCAUCCAACACCGUUGCUAAUCCUAAAGCUAAUCUUAAUGCUAUCACAUUAAGGAGUGGCAAGGAGUUGGGAGAAAGAGUGCAAGAAGAAAAAAAGAUAAGGGAAGGCCGAGAAGCCCUCUUUAAAUUCUUCAAUUGAUGUUAAUGUUUCUAGUUCUUCUUUUGCUCCUAAUGAUGCAUCUUUUUGUAGAGAUGAUGAGGAUGAAAACAUUGAGGAGAUCAUAUGUGAGCAACCACCAUCUAAGGUGGAAAAGGGGACUAUGGCCGAGUUGUUUAGUAAGGAAAAAAAAGGGAGAGGCCGAGCAAAGUGAAACAAGAAAGGAGAGUUCAAGAAAGGAAGAAGGAAGGCAAAGUCAAGAGAUUAUGAAGGAGCUUCCUUUUCCACAAGCACAAGUCGUCCCUAAUCAAGUGAAGGGACAAUUUGAUCAAGAGGUAUAUGAUUUCUUCCAUAAGAUUCAUGUUAAUAUACCCUUGAUGGAUGUAGUUAAGAACUUUCCUAAGUAUGCCAAAUUUUUGAAAGAUUGUUGUACAAAUAAAAGAAAAUUUAGGCCUAAUGCAAGGGUACAAUUACCCUCAUCUGUGAGUGCUAUCAUGAAGCCUCAACUUCCUAUAAAAUGUGAGGACCCCGGUUCCUUCACAAUUCCAUGCAAGAUUGGCAACACACAUUUUUCUCAUGCAUUGAUAGACUUAGGUGCAGCCAUUAAUGUUAUGCCUCUUUCAAUUUAUCAUGCCUUGAGUCUUGAUUGCAUGCAUAAGACACCUAUAAUAUGCCAAUUAGCAGAUAGAAGUGUUAGAAGACCACAUGGAGUAGUAGAAGACUUGUUGGUUUGUGUUAAAGGUCUAUUAUUUCCUAUGGAUUUCUAUGUGCUUGAUAUGUCAAAAUAAGGGAGUGGGGAUGAUAUUUUGAUUUUAGGAAGGCCAUUUAUGAGGACUGCCCGUACAUUAAUUGACAUGGAAAAAGGUAGUUUGAUUUUGAAAUGUGAGAGGAUCAUGUUAUUUUUAAUAUAUAUGAAGCAAUGAAACAUCCUUUUAAGGAUUAUUCUUUGUUAGGUGUAAGUUCCAUUGAGUUAUUGCUUCAUGAUGCUUGUGAGUCUCACAUGCUUGAUUCUUUCUCACAUGUUGAUGAUGAUUUGUCUCUUAUUACUACUACAUGUAUUGAUGGAUAUAGUUGUCCUAUUUGUUUAGAGAUUGAUGCAUGCUUGAAUGAUGCAACUACUUCUCCUCAUGAUUUGUUUAAAAUAUCUCCUAUGCUUGAUCUUGAAAUGCUUGAGAAGGGUAUAUCUUCUUGUGUUGUAGGUACUAAAGCCAUUAAGGCCGAAUCUAUGAGUUUUUCUCCACUCGAGCUUGACGUUCUUAGGAUUCCCAAGCUAUUGGAGGAAAAUUCUACACUUUCAUAUGUCGAGGCCGUGGCUCAAGUCCAAGCACUUGAGGACAAGUUGCAAGAAAAGGGGGAGGCUGUAAAGAAAGAAGAGGAGAAAUCAAAAACAAGUGAGAAGCCUAAAAGACAAGAUAGUACCAUGGAAUAUUCCAGCAAAUUAGACUUGAAGAAGCUCAUUCCCUCUUGUGUAGAGCCACCUACCUUGGAGUUGAAGCCUUUACCAUCCAAUCUCAAGUAUGCAUAUCUCAUUGAGAAUGAGAAGCUUCCGGUGAAGAGAGCUUUAGAAGGCUGAGAAAGGAAGCGAGGAAAGAGUAGCCUCAAUAGGUAGUGGUAUGACUACCUUUGAGUUGAAAUGAAUGUAUAAUGUUGUUACUGAGUUAACUUGCCAACUAGGAUGCAUAUAUGUAUGUGAAUAUAAGAAAGUGAGUUGUGAUGUGAAUCUUGCUUGUGUAUAUAUAUGAUAUUACAUUAUGCCAAGGGUGCCCUAGUGGAGGGCACAUGGAUAGGCCUAAAUGUGAACAAGCAAGUAUAUGUUGUAUUAUAACUUGUUCCACAAGUGUAUAUAUGUGUGUUGAUUGUGAAUUGAA